CCCCUCGUCACGGGUUGUAAGACACGACGCGACGGACGGGCGACUGCACUCGAAGGAUGAUCCCUGAUACGCAUGGCUUGCUGCGUGCCUGCCUCAGGUCAGACCGUCUGGUAAAGGAUGCGUGAGGGGGCGAUGGGGGUUGGGGGGUAAGACGGGCCAACAAAUGAGGAGAUAUGUUGAGAGCUCACGAAGAUAAAUAUCCCCCCCGUCUUUUUCCCUUCUAUCCUUAGGUACCCAGUUGAAUGGUGAGAGUGAGCUCGGCAGGAAAUCUCAUCGCAGUACAACCGGCCAAAGACGACGGAGACGACCGUGAGCGACAAUGUCCGACAAUAACACCGAUCAGAAUGCCCUCAAGACGUACCGUGGCAACUGCCACUGUGGUGCCUUCGUCUAUGAAGUCCGGCUCCCCGAGAUCAAGUCGGUCUGGGAGUGCAAUUGCAGCCUCUGCUACAAGAAGGGUUACCUCUUGGUCAUGCCUAGCAGUCCCGACCAGUUUCGCAUCGUGAAGGGUAGCGAAGAAAUCCUCGCCACCUAUAGCUUCAACCAGAAGAAGGCCAAGCAUAAGUUCUGUCCCACCUGCGGCACCAGCGUGUUGAGAUAUCUGUGGGAUGCUCCCGAUUUCAUGAAGAUUGCCGUUAAUGCCCACACAAUCCAAGAUCUGGAUACGUGGUCGCUAGAGCGAAAACCCUUCGACGGUGCUUCCCGCCCACCCCCUUAUGAACCGCCGACGUACACCGGUCCUCGACCGACAGCCCAGAUUGAAGGCGGCAAGCUGUACACCGGCGGGUGCCAUUGCGGCGCUGUCCAACUGGCUCUACUCAGCAGGUCCAUCGACGCCACAUUUCCCGACACCUUCCCGGAGGGAGCGGGAGAGUGCAAUUGCAGCAUCUGCGAGCGGGUUGGUCACAGGCAACCACAGAUAACCACCCGCACCCUUAGGAGAAGAAGACGCCCUUUGCUGACGGGUGCUUCCCAUUGUAUUAGCACGCAUACGUCUGGGUUUGGUCGCGUGCCGAACAGGUCGUCCUGCACGGCGACGACAAAGAUAUCGGCCGGUACGCGUUCGGGCGCGCAUUCGUGGCCAAGUCGUUUUGCAACAAGUGUGGUGUCCCGCUCACCAACAGAAUUGUGUCCAAGGGGCUGGCCGAAUGGGACACCAUGCCGGAAAAUUUCGGGGUAAAUAUCGAAACGGUGAAGAACAUGCACCCCGUGAACCUCAGGGCGUUGAACGGCAUCAACCUGGGCGACGUCAAGGUCCUCAAGCUCUCCAACGCGAAGGAGGUUGAGCCCAAGUAUGUGGACCCGUAAGCUUGGUGCAGGAAUGGGCGUUGAGGAUGUGGCGGGAUAACCCCCACUGGUUCUCGGUUCGUCUCUUCAAGGACAGAGGCAAACUAAAACAUCUCUCGGAAAGCCUUUUAGGUGGGUUUGGCAGUGGUAGUGGCAUAGACAGGGUUCCCGUCGUCGUCAAAGCGCGCCCACUGGAAAAAAGAGCAGCUCUCUUCUCCCGGCACGUUCCCGGCGUGACACAUCCAGAAAUAUU